CAGUCAGACAAGCAUCAUUUCCCGCUCAAUGCGGGGGGUUUUCUUCUCCGGAAAACGUUCUUCCCUGACCUUGAAAUCUUCCGCAGCCACGACCUCACCGAUACCUCUCGUGACAGCAUAAGUGGUAGUCACGCAUCGCACCUCCUGCAAGCUCGGUCACCACCCUCGUCACUAUAACCAACGCCCACGAAAAGCACAGCACGACAUGGCCAGCAAAGCCCGAGCAUUCCAGCAAGCUUGCCGCAUCCGCAGUGGUCAAGCAAGCACAGUGUCGUGUGCCUCCAGAGACUCUACAUCGUUCGGCUCUACCACCUAUUCUAUUCCCAUUCGCAUCACCCGCCGCCAUGCAAGCACCAACACAAGCUCCAGCUCCAGUCCAACCCCAAGCAGACGAGCAAUAACCGUAACAAGCGACGACGGCCGCUACAACUGGUCCGACCUGAGCACCGGCGAGAAAGCGGCGCGCGGCACCCAACAAACAUUCAACUUCCUCCUUGUCGCUGCCGGUUUAGUCGGAACUAUCACAAUAUCCUACCUUCUGUACACCGAACUCUUCGCUCCCGAAAGUUCGACGAUCCAGUUCAACGCGGCGGUCAACCGCAUCAAAGCCAGCCCCGAGUGUCGCGCGCUGUUGGGUCCAUCAUCACAGAUCAAAGCGUACGGCGAACCGACGUCGAAUAAGUGGGCGCGAGCCAGACCUCUCGCGCACAGCACAGAGACGGACAGAUUCGGCACGACGCAUCUUCGUAUGCACUUCAACGUCGAGGGUCCCGAGGGAAUGGGCAUCGUAUCCGUACAUAUGACCAAGCCCAGGGAAGGAGACAGAUUGGAUUACCAACUUCUGAGUCUGACGGUCAAGGGCCAUGAGACGGUAUACCUGGAGAACAAAGACGCUGAAAGAGGUGUCAAGGGGAAAGUGGGCAAAAUGUUUGGCGUACAGUGGCGGUGAACAGUCAAGGUGCCUUGCUAUAUAUCCUAUUCAAGCAUAUAUUGCUGCAAGCCAGCAUCCUAUCGCGGCUAGCCAGUAUUUCUCGUCGUCUGGCUGAACCAGCAGACGACCCUUCCAGCCGUCGUAUCGAUUCCUUCCGCCUGUGUUUGUUGUGGCUGAAUGCGGCAUUCGCACACGCUCAUGCUGGCACUUCCUCACGUUUGAGAACCUGUAUCUUGCCGCCGAGUGUCGCCAUAAC